AUGCCCACUCCAUCCCAUCAACUUCAUGACAUUGUGUUUGAUCCGAUAGAGGUCUAUAAAGAAUUAUUAUCGCUGGACACAUCAAAAGCAAUGGGCUGCGACAACUUACAUCCAGCUCUAUUAAAAAUGAGUGCACUACAAAUAUAUGAACCUGUUUCAAUGCUUUUUAAUAUCUGUCUAAGUACUGGCUCACUUCCAGAAGAAUGGAAGAUACACAAGAUCGUGCCAAUUCCUAAGAAAGGAGACUUAACGCUCAUUAAAAACUAUCGCCUGAUCUCUCUACUGUGUAUGCUUUCUAAAAUUCUGGAAAGAAUUGUUUACAACCACAUAAUUGACUUCAUUAGACCACAGCUCUCAACAAAUCAAUUUGGUUUCCUAAAGGGCAGAUCCUGCUUAUCACAGCUGCUAACAUCAUACAGCGAGAUUGUGGAAGCUCUAAAUGCUGGAGAAUCCUGCGACGUUAUAUACUUGGACUUUGCUAAGGCGUUUGAUAAAGUGUCCCAUAAACAACUGUUAUUCAAACUAUGGAGGUUAGGCAUUACAGAUGACACUAAACUAGUGAAGCGAAUAGCCAAUGCAGAAGACCAAGCUGACCUGCAAUCUGAUCUAGACCAUCUUGUCACAUGGUGCAAGGACUGGAACUUAUCACUCAAUUUAGACAAAUGUGUCUACCUCCACUUUGGUAAAACCAUUCAUGACUCGCUAUACAAUUUGGACUCAAAGCUAAUCUUAACAAGAGACUCUCACAAAGACCUGGGAGUGACCAUCCAGAAUAGUCUCUCCUGGGACCAACAUAUCAACAAUCUAUGUUCGAAGGCCUACAGCUGUUUGUACCUUAUUAAAAGAAACACUCAAUGCUCUCAUGAUCUCCAUACAAAAAGAACACUUUAUACUACGCUUGUUAGAUCUAAUUUAACAUUUUGUUCGCAACUGUGGAGACCACAGACACACAAGGCCAUCACAAAAGUGGAACAAAUCCAGAGAAGAUCUUUAAAGUUUAUUCUGAACCUUACAUGUAGAUCUGAUAGUCUCGACUACAAAAGUCGCCUCAUUAAACUGGACCUUUUGCCACUAAUGAACUGGCUAGAGUUGCAAGAUGUCAUAUUUGCCGUCAGGUGUCUCCAAAAACCAGUAGACAACUUCGACAUUACUGAGUUCAUAUCAUUCUCUACCAGCAACACACGACUAUCGUCUAAUCACAAGCUAGUUCAUAAAGGUCAUCAUCGCUCAAACACAACAAGACACUUUUACUUCAAAAGAUUGGUCAGACUCUGGAACGCCCUCCCUUUUAUAGAUCUCUCUCACUCGAUGUCAACUAUCAAGAAUCAACUCUACAAACAUUUCUGGGACAGUUUUCUAGAACGCUUUGACCAAUCAAUAAUUUGCACUUAUCACCUAGUCUGUCCCUGUUGCUCUGUAUAACUGUAUAAUUAUGUAUACAUUUUAUGUAGAUCUAGUCAGGUGUUCCUUCUAGGAACUUCCUGUCAGUAUGUUUAAUUUCUGACGCACAACAAUCUA